ACUAACUUUUUUUUUGUCUCUUUCUUCAAAUCCCUUCCCCUUUCUUACUUUUGAAAAAUCCUAGAGAGAGAAAGCUACUGAGUCAAAAAUGGCGGAUGGGAAGAAGAGAGAAGAAGCAGGUUCAUCUUCAAUUUCUGGGGUUGAACACAAAUUUAAGAAUGAAGAAGAUGAAGCUGAAGAAUCGACAGUUGAUGGGUGUUUUGCUAAGUUUGUUCCUCCCCCUCUUGUUCCUCUCCAACACCAUCUUGAAAAAGACAAGGAUGAUGAGAGCUUAAGGAGGUGGAAAGAGAAGCUACUAGGUCGUGUUGAAGGAGACUUAAAUGGCCAAGUGGAACCUGAAGUUACAUUUCACUCCAUAGGAGUUAUGUCCCAUGACCUUGGAGAAAAUAAUACUCGUUUGCCUCUGGAUGAAAGCCAAAGCAGCAAAGUUCUGUUUUCACUCAAAGAGGACUCUCAGUAUCGUUUUAAGCUCGCAUUCACUGUCAAGUACAAUAUUGUCUCUGGUCUCACCUACUCUAACACCGUAUGGAGAGCAGGAGUUCAAGUGGAUCAAAGUGAAGGAAUGCUAGGCACCUUUGCUCCUCAACCGCUACCCUAUAUACACCUCCUAGAUGAGGAGACUACCCCAUCUGGUGCUCUAGCAAGAGGAGUUUACUCGGCAAAGCUCAGGUUCGUGGAUGAUGACAAGAAAUGUCACAUGGAGCUAAGUUACACAUUUGAAAUUACAAAGAGAAGUUAGUUCAUUCUUCUUUGGGUCUCACUGCACAUGAUUUCUGUUACGUUUCUUUCUUCAUCGUGUGUAUAACAGGUAUUUUUCAGAAUGCUGCAAUGGAGUCGUUGUAGACUUGUAGUUUCGUUGUUUAGGACAAUACCUGGGUCAGGUGAAUCUUAAACUGACAAAUUGGGAAUUAUCAGCUCAAAAUUUUCGAUGAACUUUAUGAUUAAUAUAGUUUUACUAGAUAUUUACAAAGUAAAUUCUCUUGAUGCCAUGUACAUCUUACAAAUCCCAUAUUACAAAAAUAGAAGUAGACGAAGUUGUUUUCAAAAAAUGAAACUCAAAAGGUAGUUGUUGACAAAAAAAAAGUCCGUUAAAAUAAACAGAUGAAGUCUGAAGUGUCAACUACGUUAGCUAGGAAUUAGGAUGCUACAUAGACAUUCUCCUUGUUGUAUUGGGGUUAUAGUGCAUGGUGGGAUCUUGUAAUCUCAUAACUUGUUGAGCACAAAGAGAAAUAUUGCUAAUCCCAUGGAAGUCUUUGUUGGAGUGUUGUUGUUUUCAUUGGCCUUGGUGAAGGUGCCCAUCUUCAGAGUUCAGAGGGCUGGUGACAAUGGUUGCCCUCACAUUAUCGCGAGCGGCGAAAAGCCUUGCCAUAUCCAGGGCUGGAAUCAUGUGGACAUGAGCCAUCAAGGAAGGCAACCCUUCGUUUACCAACUAACUGUACUAGCGACUUCAACUCAUGUGCCCCAAAUUCCCAACUCCACUCCACUCUUUCCCUCUCUCCUCCUUGUUUCACCCUUUCUCUCUCCUCCAUAUUUCAUUACUUCCUCCGUCCCGAAAUACUUGACCUGUUUUCCUUAUCGGGUCGUCCCUUAAUACUUGACAUGUUUCUAAAAAUGGAAAUAUUCUAACAAUAUUAUAUUAUUUCUCACUCCACCCCUAUUAACUCACCUACCUCCUACUCCAUACAAAAAAUAAUUAAAAAUCCAACCCCUACUGUCCCCCAACCCCACCUCUUAACACACCUCCCACUAACUACAUUAAAAUAAUACCCCACUAUCAACUACUACCUAUUAAAUUAAAUAAGUCAAUUCAAGUCCCUUAAACUCUGUGCCGGUUAAACCGGGUCGAGUAUUCCGGGACGGAGGGAGUAGAAAUUAAAAAGAACCGUAAGAUUGCAUAUCCCUUUUCUCUCUCCUUCAUAUUUUACCCAAAUAAAACCCCACAUAUUCUUUCUCUUUCCUCCAUUUUUAAUUAGCAGAUCUUGAAGAAGAAGAAGAAGAAGAAGAAGAAGCAAGAAUAGCUAUUGUAAUUACGAAAUUGAAGCUUGUACCAUGAAAUCGUCCUCUAUGUUCAUUAGAUUUUCAAUAAAUGUUCAACGGGAUGCACAAUUGCGUUUGUGGUUGG